AAGUGCAGAGACGCUUCUGUUGAGCACCACCGACAGUUUAGGAAGGCGGGAGGGGAGGGAGCGGUUUGUUUAGACAAUAACCCGCGUUUGCGUAAGGAGCUCCAGCCGGCGAGUCGCAUCAGUUCGCCCGGAGGGUCAUCGUCAGCGGCGACACCCUCUGCUCCGUCGGCGUCAACCGUUUUCGAAAAUGACCGGAGAGAAGCUCCGCUGCCUGCGGAAGGACCAGAGGCCGAGCAAGGACGAGAAUCUGCUGGAGCCGGACGAGGAGGCUGCCACCGGGACUUUCGCGGUCCCCAAGGCGAACAGCAAGAGCAGGGCGAGUAAAAUAUUCAGCAACCACAAGUUAAUCAAGUCCCCGUCCGCGCAGUCGCAGAAUAAUGGCAACACCAACAACACUCUGAGCACGUCGGAUGUUAUCGACGACAACAACAAAAACCCCAUCCUCAAACCCGGGCUGGACUUUCCGGUGCACGAAUGUGUCUUUAAAGGAGAUGUCCGACGGCUGUCAUCGCUCAUCCGGACCCAGAAUAUCGCCCAGAAAGACGUUCACGGAAACACACCGUUACACCUCGCCGUCAUGAUGGGACACAAAGAGUGCGCCCAUUUGUUGCUGGCUCACAACGCGCCGGUGAAGGUGAAGAACGCUCAGGGAUGGAGCCCCCUCGCUGAGGCCAUUAGUUACGGAGACCGACAGAUGAUCACAGCAUUGCUGAGGAAGCUGAAGCAGCAGUCCAGGGAGAAUGUGGAGGACAAGAGGCCCAAACUGCUCAAAGCCCUCAAAGAGCUUGGUGACUUUUACCUGGAGCUUCACUGGGACUUCCAGAGUUGGGUGCCUCUGCUGUCCAGAAUCCUCCCAUCAGAUGCCUGUAAGAUUUAUAAGCAAGGCAUCAACAUCAGAUUGGAUACGACCCUGAUAGACUUCUCCGAUAUGAAAUGCCAGCGGGGAGACCUCAGCUUCAUCUUCAACGGAAACGCCAUUCCCUCCGAGUCGUUUGUUGUGCUGGACAACGAGCAGAAGGUCUACCAGCGGAUACACCACGAGGAGUCGGAGAUGGAGACCGAAGAGGAGGUGGACAUUUUGAUGAGCAGUGACGUUUACUCCGCCACGCUCUCCACCAAGUCCAUCACCUUCUCCAGGGCGCAGACUGGGUGGCUCUUCAGGGAGGACAAGACGGAGCGCGUGGGAAACUUCUUGGCAGAUUUCUACUCUGUGAACGGCCUGGUGCUGGAGUCCAGGAAGAGGCGAGAGCAUCUGAGCGAGGAGGACAUCUUGAGGAAUAAAGCUAUCAUGGAGAGCCUUAGCAAAGGAGGACACCUCAUCGAGCAGAACUUUGAGCCGACAAGAAGGCAGUCUUUAACUCCCCCCUUGUCCAGCUCUAUUUCCUGGGAGGAAUACAUCACUGCAGACAAUGGGAGAGCCCCUCAUUUAGGAAGGGAGCUGGUCUGCAAAGAGAGCAAGAAGAACUUCAAAGCCACGAUAGCCAUGAGUCAAGACUUCCCGCUGGGCAUCGAAUCGUUACUGAAUGUCCUGGAGGUGAUUGCACCCUUCAAGCACUUUAAUAAACUCAGGGAGUUUGUUCAGAUGAAGCUCCCCCCUGGCUUUCCCGUCAAACUCGACAUCCCCGUCUUUCCCACCAUCACGGCCACGGUCACGUUUCAGGAGUUUCGCUACGACGAGUUUGAUGGAUCCAUUUUUACCAUACCCACCGACUACAAAGAAGACCCAAGCCGCUUCCCUGACCUUUAACCUCCCGCCUUGGACUUUGACGUUAAUCCCUACAAAGCUUACCUUUUUAUGAAUGAAAAACUUACUGUACAGCAGCAGACACACGGGAUCAGCGUUACGGAGGGGUGGGCUCCAACUCCGUGUGAACGUACGCUGAGGCGUUCCCCAUUCUCGGUCCCACAUCCGAAUGUGACGCGAAGCAGCAGGAAGUGUAGGUAACUUUUGAGAUUUUUCAUCAAAGGGCAUUGAAGGGAAAAUAAAUGGCAGCAGAGCAGGUGAGCUUUAUUUAUAUGAGGUAAAAAAAUGGGAUUAAAAACUACCAGUUGUCUUGAUGCUUUGUAUUUAAGUAUGUAAGUGUUGUUUUAUAAAGGGACUGUGUCGAACUGACAUGUUGUGACGCACUGAUAAUACUGUGUGAAGGGAAGUCUGCUCCGAGGUGAUUUUAGGUUCCUUCCUUAUUUAAACACAGUGGACAAAAACAAUCUGAAAUGCAAAAAAAAUUAAAAAAUUCUUCAGUUUAUUAAAUUUGCAGUCAAUACCAAGAGUGCAAUCACAUACAACUGAAACGAGAUAUUUAGAUACGCUGAAAAAAAAGACAAAUCUAUUUAUUUUACUGACAUUUGGGCUUUUUUUUCUGGUUUAGGUCUAUUAGGAUCACCAAAUUAUUUAUGGAGUUCUUUUUUUUUUACUUCCUUCCAAACAUUUGCCACAUUUCCCUACUUUUUUGUGUGUUCGGUCAAGUUGAGGAGUUCAAAUGUUUUGGAGUCUCGUUAAGUGAUGGUGGGGUGGAGGGGGAGAUGGACUUCAGCAGCAACACAGGUGUCGCUUUUCAUAGUGGAGAAAGAUUUCAGCCAAAAAGGAAAGCUGUGGAUUUACCGCUCUGUCUGUGGUCCAACUAUCACUGACGGACGGAAAGAGUUAGGGAGUGUUGCUGGAGAGAGAGCUAUCCGGGUUUCCCUUCUGGACCUGUUGCCCCAGCGAUCAGAUCUUGGAUAAGUGGAAGAUAAAAGAUAGAUGAAUGGAUGACUUUGGUAUCUCUCACUCUGGAUCUUUACAAAGCCCUUUGCCUUUGCUCUGGGGUUCACGCGCACAUUUUGCACCAAAACACCUUCAUCUCUGGGACGCAGAGGUACGAUGUCUGGGCUUUGCCUUGGGAUUCCUCUGCAUAUGAUUGUUUAAACAGAUGGACGUGGUGCCUUUGUGCACCUGAAAAUUAUUUCCAUGAUGUCACCAAGGGUAGGACCGCGUAUGAGGUGUUGCCUUAAAAUACAUCUGCAGUUAACAGACGUUAUGUAUAAGCUAUUAAACCCUUACAUAGACGUCACCCGGCUUUCCCCCAAUUUCAUUAGCGUAUGUAAGCUUAUGAGUUUGAUGAAAGUUAUUCAUUAUUCUAGCAUUCAGCAAACAAAAAGAUUUAUCAUCAUCCAGGUUUAAAACAGGUGAAGUUUAGUCAUACAGUGGGAGGUAAAUGAUCCUUUGUCUUUUUCUUACAGCGUAUGUAAACAUCUGGUUCCAACCGAACAAUCAUUUUUUUUAUAUGUUUAAUGGUUCACUUCCACCAAUCACCGGUAAAAUAUUUACCGGAUAAAAAAGACACUUGUACGUUUGGUAAAACGUGCUUUUUUUUUUUCAAGGUCAAAAUAAAAAAAAAACAGAAGAGUUCCUCUUCUGCACAGAACAGAAAUGUGUAAUUGUUUGUGUUCAUCGGUGAUUUUCACAAACAUCUACAUUUGGUCACGAUUUAGAUUCUCUAGCACUACUCUUCUUCAGUUUAAAGGCACUUGUUCUGUGACACGAAACCUUGGAUUCAGCUUUAGAAAUAUCAAAGCUGCGCCGAGGGAAAGCGACGCUGCAGAUCUCUACGGUACAUCCCGUCUCGAUGGGCGGCAGUGAGUCUUAAGCCGUGCAAAUUAAACCUUUUGUUUUUUAUUUCACCGUUUUUUAACGACGUAACUUGUUCAAACAGGUUCUACAUGGACAACACAGGUUUUUAGGGUUUCUAAUCAUCACAGUAUGCAGAUUUAACACGUAGAACCUCCGUGCAGUAUAUUUCUUUAUUCUGGAGUAUUGUUUUGUCUUUUUUUUAAGUACUUUGAACUGACGAGAGGGCAAUUUUUCUUUCUUUUUUUUUUAACGUAGCAGCUGGGAAGUUAUCUCAAACUAUUAUUGGUUUGUAAACUGAGGUCCAUUUUUUUUUAUGUAGAUCUGUUUUAAUGAGCAGUAAUCUCUUGAGUUCUUCUGUAAUUUCCUCAAUAAUGUACCGUACACCUCUCUCAUAUGUAGAAACAAUUAUAUUCGAGGCUGUAUAAAAAAAAAAAAAGAAGCACAAGGAUUCUGUCCAAAAACUGGAGACAAAGGAAAUUGAGUAACUCUUCUCGUUUGUGGAACCUGGCGUCUGCAGGGUGUUCCUGUUGUGCAGGUGGAUGGGAGUCAUCCAGCAGCCGUUGCUUUCAUGUAAAUCCAGCGUUAGUCGAGCCAGAUCCAGUUUUCACCGAGCCACGACCCGCCGUGCUCGUUAAGUUCAGUUAGUGGAGGCGCGGCUCUUCGUCCAUCUCAGUGUUUUAUUUCCUGACUCCUGAUGCUCCCGUUUUAAAUGUUUUUUUUCUCUCUAGGGAUUUCUCCAUCAAACUACAUGUCAGUUGUACAGCAAAAAAAAACCUGUUGUAUAAGUCUGCAACACUAUUUUCAUAUAAAAUAUACUAAGAAAUAAUAAAAAAAAAAUCCUCAUAUCUAA